AUGUUGAAUCGAGAGGAUGAAAUGAUUCCUAUUUUGGAAGAUUUCUUUCCCUCGACAAUCGAGGCACAAGGAGAAGAUGAACAACCAACCACAAACCCACAAUUUGAUGACUUAUUUGAGGAAAUUGAAGCCGAAUUGUAUCCCGGUUGUGAUUGGAUUUCAUCUCUUAACUUUUUAGCAAAGCUAUUGCAUUUAAAAGUUAGGGGAAAAAUUCCUAAUAACAUCUUUGAAGAAUUAUUGAAGCUUUUAAAGUUUGCGUUUCCGAAGGAAAAUAAUAUUCCAUCAACUUACUACGAGGCAAAAAAGAGAUUGAAGAAAUUAGGCUUGGGUUAUGAUAAUAUCGAUGUCUGUUUGUAUAAUUGUUGCUUAUUUUAUAAGGAGAAUGCAUCCAAGGAGGCUUGUCCAGUUUGCGGAACUAGUCGUUGGGUUACUUCCGAGAACGGGAAAGGAAAAAAAGUUCCUUGCAAAGUCAUGCGAUACUUUCCGUUGACACCUCGACUUAAAAGAUUAUAUAGUUCGAGGAUUACAGCGAAAAGCAUGAUAUGGCAUCAUACUGGAAAAUCAAAAGAUGAUGGGGUGUUGCGACACCCGGUCGAUGGUUUAGCUUGGAAAGACUUUGAUGCAAAACAUCCCGAUUUUGCAAGGGACCCAAGAAAUGUUCGACUUGGGUUAGCUGUUGAUGGAUUUAAUCCAUUUGGCAACAUGAGUCUUGCAUACAGCAUGUGGCCAGUGGUGUUGGCUAACUAUAAUCUACCACCUUGGUUAUGUAUGAAAGAUAAUUAUUUCUUGCUAUCUACCCUAAUUCCUGGUGCAAAAUCUCCAGGUAAAGACAUGGAUAUAUUUUUAAGACCUUUGGUGGAUGAAUUAAAGGAGUUGUGGAAUAAUGGGGUAGCAACGAGAGAUAGUUCGACCAACUCAAUGUUCACCAUGCGUGCUGCGCUUUUGUGGACAGUGAAUGAUUUUCCUGCUCGUAGUAGCUUGUCUGGGUGGAGUGGUCAAGGUUAUAAAGCUUGCCCUACUUGUAAUGAAGACACGACGUCCAUUCGAGUGAUCGGGAAGACAUCAUAUGUUGGUCAUCGAAGGUUCUUGCCAAGUAACCAUGCAAUGAGAAGGGAUACUCGAUUUGAUGGUAAAGUUGAAAGAAGACCUCCUCCAAGACGAUUUACUUGUGAAGAAAUAUUAUCACAAGUUAAUGCUCUCGAACCCCAAAUUCCGGACAUCAUGAAAAUUUUGGGGGCGUGA